CAUAUUCCCAUGACUGGAUACAUUCCCUCACAAAGGGCAGCCUGUUCGAGUCAGAAUCCUCAAUAUGUUUCAUCAACGGGGCUCCAACAGCAAGGGCAACAAUGGCAACGGCCAAAUUAUCAACAGGGACUUGGAACAAGUAAUUUCUAUGAUUCAAGAUCCACACGGGCAUAUAAUGCAUAUCGACCCAUGGCUCAAUCACAAUACUACAAUUACCAACCAGGCAUGAGCUAUCAUACAAAUCGAGGGUAUCAGAAUGCAUAUCUUCAAGAACCUCAGUUUCGAAGCCUAAAUCCAACUAGUUAUUUCAAUCCAUAUCAGGAACCAUACUACCAUCAUCAGGGCCUACAUCCGCAACCAGGUGGUCAUCCGAGUGUGUCCAACAACAGGAAUGCAGUAUUUGGGAGCCAAGCAAUGCCAAAUCAAAAAGAUGGGAUAAAUGCUAUUUGGUCACAUCUCCUCAAAUGGGCUAUGGAAGAUGUAGGAAGAGGAUCACGAAGUACGGAGUCAAUUGCAGAGAGACUAAUGGGAGCUAUGCAGAUCCAGCAGAAUCAGGAUCGUGGAGGUGAGACACAUGAAGGCAAUGGAGAAGAUGAGCAAACCGAGAAACUGGCAGAAAAAAUAAAGAGAAAGAGCAAGAGCGUUGACGGAUUUAUUCACAAGCUUCCGCAGAAGGAGGUGAUGCGAGAUGAAGACAAUAGAUUGGCGAAGUAUGAAAUUGGCAAACAAAGAAGAAGUGAUGGUGGAGCAGGGAAGGUUCUCAUGCUAGUCGGGGCAACAGGAGCAGAAAUGGAACAGCACCACACUGACCUAUUGGUAGUGUCAGCUUCCUUUCAUGUGGGAUCUCAGACUGCAAAAGAUCAUCAAAUGCGCUUCCUCCGGAUAAACGUACUGCACAUCCGGACGAAAUAUGCAGUACAAAAGGAGGCCGAGCAUGAAGAUAUGCCCAUGCACCGCCUCCUGGACAUCCGCUUCGCCUGA